UGCAGGAGGGAGAGAUCACAUCCAGUCAGCAGCUCCUGCGAUGCCAGGGACAAAAAAAACGGUACAAUAUCCCACAGGACUGCAGCUCUGAUAGAAGUGUCAUCAUCUCUGUUAGAUGUAAUGCAGCGCUGCAUCUGAUUGGUGGCUUCAGAUGAGACAUGGUGCUACUUGAUAAACCCUCCAAAGCACCCGCUCCCAGGAAAAUCUCCGAGCAGCGCGCCCUGCAGCACCAGAGCCUGCCUUCUCCGGCUCUGUGCUGCGCCUGUGGCCUCUGUGUCCUUCUAGCGGGCAUAAACAUCACCCUUGUUGGAGCUUUUGCCUUUGGCACUUUCAUCCCUACAGGUAACCCCCCCAUCAUCAUCGGGCCUCUUCUCUUACUGAUAGCCCUGGCUUUCUUCACAGCCUGCUGCAUGGUCAGCAGGAGACCCCCAGCCCAUGUGGCCGGCAAAGCCAAAGGAGGGGAGAAGUGGCGGCUGAUGCGGAUGGGGACGACAGCUUUUGAAAUGGAGACUAGUGAGCACACCCUUCAGGACACGACGGGUGUCCAGCUCAGCCUCACCAACUCCCCCAGUUCUUCACACAAGUCCGGCUCCAGCCAUGGGGGUCCCGCCACUCCACCUUCCUGCCACGAUGGCGUCGGUGGGCUGUGCACAUCAGAGAUGUCUGACGAGGCCAGAGAUAAAGCAAGUCUGACCUCUGACAAGGGGAGCACUUCCACGCAGCUGCUGCCUGACCAAAACACUUCCUCUUCGUAGCAUGGACUUUAUUCUGCAGCUGACUUUUUAAGUGGCUGUUUAUUUGUCUCUUAACAGGAUGGAUUUGUCUGAUGAAACUGAUAAGAUUGAUCUGUAUUUUAAAACAUAUAAACAGGCAAAGGUAAUCAUGCAUGACUAACAGGCACACCCAGACUUAAUCCAGAGGUGCAAUGCACAAAACAAUAGAUAAGCUGAAGACAGCACAGUAUUAUAUAUUUUAAAAGUUAGAAAUAUGAAAAGCAUCUCAGUGUUUUGUGAUUUCUGUUUAGCUGUGACUUCUGAAGCCCUUCUGAGACGCUUUGAAGCUGUUGGGUUUUUGGUUUUCUUGUGUUUUCUGAGAUGUUGUGCGCCUCACAGUCACUGUGUGUAUGUAGUGGCUGUAAUUGUUCAUUGGUGUCACAGGAUAUCGUUAUGUGUUAAGUUCCCGGUUGAAGGUUAUCUUAUCAGCAAUUACUGCCAGCUUGUGUAGUCACUGUGGAAAACUUGCAUUUGAUAUGGAUUACUUUGGUUAAUUCAAGCAUCUCUGCGUGUUAAUAGCUGUUCCUCGUUGUCACAGUCUCCUGCAAACUUUGGCAUCAUUGUGACUGUUUCUUUCUGCGGCUUGCAUCAACUGCGGUGAGGGACGAUGUAUCCUUGAGCUGUGUAACAAAUCCUCAUGUUCUCUGUUUAUGAAUUAAUAUAUAAAUAAAAGUGGACCUUCUGUGUUUUAUGUUGGGAAACAUACACAACAGAGAUAUGUGGAUGUGGGAGUUAUGAAUAUUUAACCGUGCGCUGAGAAAUAACAGUGUAACAAACCCGCCUUUGUCAAACUGCACAUGACAGGUGUGCAGGCCGAAGAUAAGUCCACUGUUAUCUUAGAGACACCAGCGAUGUCAGUGCAAACACCUGCCUCUUGACAUGCUGCCCAUCAGUGGGCAUCUGACACAAGAGCUGCUGGCAAAAAGCAAGAGGCCUGUUUACUCAUCAUUAUACAUCUGCUGUCCAGAGACACAGCCAGGGAAAAAUCGCAUGAUCCCCUGGUGCAGCUCAACCACCGGAAAAGAUGACAAAGCUGCCUGCCUGCUGUUAUUGGGAGUAUUUUUUUUUUAAUACGUCGGUAGAUCAAGCUGUGUAAGUGACUCUGUUAUCAGAUGAGUCAGGAAUACGACUGAUAGUGUUUAUAUGAGGAGGAUGACAUGUCUUGGCAACCUGAUCUUAUUUUAUGGAGGUAAUAAUGAGGUCUCGCUGCUCUGAGGGAUGGCACAAUGGGAUUCAUCCCGGGCAGAGUUGCCUUUUCUAAUUGUGUUCCCGUCAUAUUUUCUGCUUCUUCUUUUACAACUUUGAGUGUUCUUUCUUCUCAACUGUGCAUAUAACUUCAAAAGUGACUGAUAACGGUUUUCAUCACAUUCACCGGUCGAGUCGGUUCAUCAGUUUAUAAGGAAUUACUUUAAGUUUCUUUUUCAGUUCAUUUAAUCUUUGAUAAAACCGUAUAGACAAAAAAACAGCUUUUUAUGUUCCAUCACACAGUAAACUCUUGUUAUUUGACAAGGAGCUUCAAAAAUGUGAUCUUAUUUUGGUGUUUUGACUUGUUUUAUCAUGUGGGUUCAUUUCUAAGCCCCAGACUGGCUCUAUUCCUGCACACCGCAGGUGGCCUUCUGAGCAUGACCACUUGGCAUCAGUGGAAAAGGAGCAGAGAGAUGAUCGCAGCCUCUGGGGGAUGCUGGUUGAAGCCUCCACUGAGAACACCCCUUUUUGUUUGCCAGUUAGGAUUACAGAAGGUCUCUUGAAGAGAAUGAGCCAGUGGGGAUGAUACUGUGCACAGAAAAAAAAUCUUUGACCAAAUGUUAAAAGUUGAAUUGGAAAAAUCAUACUCCUUUUGUGUUAUUGAACACACAAAUAAUAAUGUAGCAACCAAAUAUUCCCCAACUUUCAUUUCUAGGUACAACACCUCUUGUUCUGUAAAUAACUGGCACUAUGAUAACAGAGCAGCUGUUUGUUUAAGGAUGAGACAGUUUUGUAACAGCCUCUCAACUCCACUGAUGGUGAAAUGUGUAAAACUUUCCUUUCUUCUUUGAUCUUUACCAGCAAAAAUUAAUUUUGAGGUUUUUUUUAUAUAUAUUUUCAUUGACCAUAUCUAUAUGGCUUCUCUUGUGUGCUCUAUGGCUGGAUACAGUGUAACAAACAAACGUACAUCAUACAGCAUUAACUACUUAAACUGUCAUGGAUGAGUAUGAGAUUA